AUGGCUUCUACAACAGCUAAAGAUUAUGUAUCACGAACAAUUAAUACACAAAAUCAAGAUCGUGUAACACUUUUAGCUGCAUUUCGUAAAUCAAUUUAUAAUAAUCAUACAGAUUUAUUAUUGGUUAAUGUACCAAUUCAUUUAUUAUCCAACGAACAAUUAUUUCGACGUUAUCAAAUGCAAUGGAACAAACAAUCUUCGUGUAAAUUAACGAUCAAUUCUGAUUUAACUGUAACAUCCUUAUCACGCAAUUAUUUUGAAAUGAAUUAUCAAUUAUUAUCAUAUCGAUUAAAUAUUGAUUGGUCAAUUCUUAAUUACAAUUAUUCUCAUUCAGAAAAUUGUUUUCAAUUAUUUGCUAAUAUACGCAUGCAACGUUUACAACAAAUACCUUAUACUAUUCGUUUAUUAGAUGAAUAA